AUGGCCGCCUUCGUCUGGUUGCUGGCGGUUUGCUGCCUCCGGGCCGUCGCCGCUGGCAAUCCUGACGCGAAACGUUUGUACGACGACCUCCUCUCGAACUACAAUAAGCUGGUGCGCCCCGUUGUGAACACCACGGACGUUCUGCGAGUCUGCAUCAAGCUUAAACUGAGCCAGCUUAUCGAUGUCAACCUGAAGAACCAGAUAAUGACCACUAAUCUAUGGGUGGAGCAAUCCUGGUAUGACUACAAGCUGCGCUGGGAACCCCGGGAGUACGGCGGAGUGCAUAUGCUCCACGUCCCGUCCGACCACAUCUGGAGACCAGACAUCGUACUUUAUAACAAGUAA